GUGGGUCCUCAGGCGUGCUCCCGUCGCACGACUCCACGCGUUCGCCCUCGUGUAUGCCGCCUGCAUCCGCGCAGGCGCGGUUCCCUCUCCAUUUCCGGUUUUGGUCGCUUCCGGCUUCUACGGGGGCCGUCAGAGGAGGAUAUGCUACACACCUCAAGAUGUGGGUCUCUGUCCUUUGGCCAGGAAUAAGCCCCCCAAAUUACCUGUUUUUAGAAAACAUUGUCUAAAGCGAGAUCCCCUCUGAUCAUUCUUCUCUCCAACCCUUCUUGACAAUGUCUACUCUGAUUCUCAACUUGGACUUUGGGGACUGUCCUCCCCCAAAAAAGGCAACUGAGGGGAACCACAGGCACCAGCGUUUCAUCCAACGACAGCGGCGGCUGCAAAGGAACCUUAAGCAGAAACAGACGCAGGUCUCGGCCAAGACUUCAGGAUUGGGGCAUCCUAAACCCCAAAAUAAAGGGGUGACCCUUAGCACGAGUAGCAAACAGAAACUCCAUCCCCUCCCUGAACCUAUAAGGGAGAAACCCAAUCAGAAAAAUGGAAUUGACAGGCCCUUGAGCAGGAAAGUAUCAACAGUGUCUUGGUUGACACCAGCUCCUUCACGGAAGACCAGUUCACUAUCUGUGGUAUCUAAGGUAGAUCUUCUGUCAGAGUUCCAGAGUGGUCUCUGCUCCCUCCCACCUGCCCGAACCCUCCCAGCAGGAACAGAGAAGGGCAAGAAGAUGGUGGCCCUUGACUGUGAGAUGGUGGGCACAGGACCUAAAGGCCAUACCAGUUCUUUGGCCCGAUGUAGCAUUGUGAGUUACAGUGGUGAUAUACUAUAUGAUGAAUACAUCCGUCCUCCCUGCAAAAUUGUGGAUUACCGGACCAAGUGGAGCGGUAUCAAGAAGGAGCAUAUGAUUAAUGCCACCCCUUUCAAAGUGGCCCGGAGAGAGAUCUUGAAGAUACUCCUUGGGAAGAUUGUAGUGGGCCAUGCUAUCCACAAUGACUUCAAAGCCCUUCAUUACUUUCACCCCAAACCCCUUACACGGGACACCUCCCGAAUCCCUAUCCUUAAUUCCCGGGCUGGCUUCCCCGAGAAUGAGUCAAUCUCUUUGAAGCGCCUGACCAAGCAGCUGCUUCAGCAGGACAUUCAGGUAGGGAAGAGCGGGCAUUCCUCAGUUGAAGAUGCCAAGGCAACCAUGGACCUCUACAAGUUGGUGGAAGUUGAGUGGGAGCAACAGCUGGCCCGGUCUCCUCCCUCUCAGGAAUAGGGGAGGUGGGAUCGUGGGGCUUGAUAGCCUUUGCAGGAAAAAGGCAUCAGAUGAGAGUAAACAACUGCCCCAGGUGGAACAGACUAACUAACCAGCCCAAAAUUUAGGCUGGAGCUGUUGGGAAGUGAAUCUGCCCCAAACUCAGUCUCUCCAACCAUAGACCAUUGAAACUUUCAUCACAGGUGUUGUGUCCUACUUUUCUAGAGUUUUCCCCUCUCAAUCCCAGUGAAGGGGUGGGGUAAGGGGAAACUCCCUACAUUCAAAGCCAGCCUUGCUGCCCAUCCCUUCACAUUGAUACUUUAGGCUGGUCACAAGUCCCAGUGUGCCUUGCUCCAGCCAAGUGACUUGACCAACAGGACAGUGCUGGGAUGUGUAGUUUCCCUAGGUCUCCCCAAGUGGCUAUGAUGAAGUACUUUUGUCCCAAAGUACUGUCGAAUAAUGCCAUUUGUAACCCAAGACCCUCUUCUCCUCAUCCCGGAUACUUGGAGGAGACACCUUUGAUGACCAGUUGAUUCCCUUUUUUUUUCCACUGGGGUAGUAGGAAGCAAGAAAUCCAACUUUUUUCUGGUAACUUUUUAAAUAGUCCCUUUCCUAAGGAGAAGAGGUAUUUAUUUGAGUCCCAGGUGCCUGCUGAGAAAGCAUUUAUGUUUUCAAUCUCCCUCCUUCAUGUUAAGUGAAGCUUCUAAAUGCCCAAGUUACUGCCUUGUAAACUCACAAAGGAAUUUUUAUAAAGGAAGAAGUAUUGUUUUUUGCUACUUAUUAAACCAAUUUGGGACAAUGUA